AUGAGGCGCCCGCCGUAUCUCCUCUUUCUCCUGCUGACCUUCCUCUCCUCCCUCUCCAUCUCUCUCGCCGCCUCCCCGACGUCCUUUUGCAAGUGCACCUGUUUCGGCAACAGCACUAUUGUCGCCCUCGACGCACCGUCCGUUGCUAAGAAGCCCACGAGCCAUGCUGAACCCCGCGCAUCCAAGAAGACGUGCAACGACUGCAACCGCCAGUUCUGCCUUGGAUACAGCUUUUGCACUGGAGAAAAGGAGGAGAACGUCCUGACCACGUGUUUCCAGAGGGACUCUGCCAAGGACCAGGCCGUCGUCUUCAUUUUCAUCGGAGCGACACUGGGGCUGCUGGGUUGGGCUGGGCUCCGGCCAUGGAUUGAGGGGUGGAGAGAGGCAUGUAUUCACCGGCGAAGCUACAUUCCCAUGGCAGGACAAGGCAAUCAAUAA